AUGGAAGGUUCUUCUUCAUCACCUCAUAAAAAUGAAUUAGUCGAAAGUAUGUUUAAAUCACUUAACUCCUAUACAAGUGAAUUACAACAAGAAUUGGAAUUGUUAAAUCGAAAAGUUUCGGAUCAAACUCGACUCGAACAAACCUACGAUACAUCUCAAGAACAAUUACAAGAAGAUUUAAUCAAACUUCGUGCAGCCAUUGAAACGAACACAGUCAAACGAUCUAUUCUCGAUCGGAAUUUAAACGAACGAACAGCAAUGACACAAUCGUUGCAUUCUCAAAUUGUCGAUAAACGUCGUGAUCAAGAUAUGCUUCUGGACAAGGGAACUACCGCGAAGUACAAUCAUCAUCGAAAUAUUGCGAAAAUAACUGAACAAUGUGCUAAUUUAACGAUGGCAUUUCGUACGAAUUAUCAUUCUUAUGCUCGAGCAGAUCUGGAUGAAAUUCGAACGAAAACCGAGAAUCGGUUGAAGAGCAUAUCUGAAGAAGUUUCCAAUGCUGAACUAUUAUCUAUAAAUAAUAAAAAUCAAUUGAUCGAAUUAAAUGAGAAACUCGAUCGGGAAAUAAUACAUUUCAAUUACUUAAAAGCAUCUAUCGAUAUUAUUGCGCAAAAGCUUCAAUUAGAUUAUGACGAAUUGGUUAAAUUCGAUGACAUCGAGAAACAAUUAGCUGAUAUACAGAUUUCUAUCAAUGAACUAGAAGCUUGGCAUAGUCGAACAAAUUAUCCAUCGGAAAAAUGA